AUGCGUUGCUUUCCCUUGUCUCUCUUUCCCUCUAUUCAACCUUUAUCUUACCUUUCUUUCUUUCUUUCUUUCUUUCUUUCUUUCUUUGUUAUCAAACCUACAGUAAUCUUACCUUUCUUCCUUUCCUUUUUCUUUCUUUCUUUCUUUCUUUCUUUCUUUCUUUCUUUCUUUCUUUCUUUCUUUUCUGUUUUAUCAAACCUACACAGUUAUCUUGCCUUUCUUUCUUUCUUUCUUUCUUUCUUUCUUUCUUUCUUUCUUUCUUUUUUCUUUCUUUGUUAUCAAACCUACAGUAAUCUUACCUUUCUUCCUUUCCUUUUUCUUUCUUUCUUUCUUUCUUUCUUUCUUUCUUUCUUUCUUUCUUUCUUAUCAAACCUACACAGUUAUCUUACCUUUCUUUCUUUCUUUCUUUCUUUCUUUCUUUCUUUCUUUCUUUCUUUCUUCUUCAUCGCGCCUACACAGCUAUCUGAUCGUUCUUCCUUUCCUUUUUUAUUUCUAUUUUCUUCUCUUUUACUUUCUUUCUUUCUUUAUUUUUACUUUUUCAAUCACUUGCCUAUUCUUUCUUUCGUUCUUUCUUUCUUUUUGACUUACUUUCUUUCUAUCACCUACAAAUCUAUCUGCACUUUCUUCCUUUCCUUUUUCUUUUCUUCUAUUAUCUUCUCGUUAUUCGUUUAUCGCACCUACACUUUGUCAUCUUUUUCCCUUCCUCGCGUUUGA